UUUUGCAGUGCAGUUUGCAAUCAUCACUGUCGGGCGUGUGAUUGUGUAAAAAUAGAUUGUUUUUGUUUUUUUUGCUUCCGUGCAUGUGCUUUAUUUUGUUUAACGUUAAAAUCCAUUAAGCUACUAUUCCAUAAUGACUGGCGCUGCAGCUGUGCUCUUUACAAUCACAGUGCCGACUGCUGUUGAGGAGCAACGCAUGAGGAAUGUCUAUGUGGACAAGCAAAUGGCAGAGCCAACGGCAAUGGCCGAUACAAAUACAAGUGAGCCCGAGACGGAUGCACAAAGUAGGCAAACUAUAAGUCUGACAAUGAGCGAGACGGUAGCCACGCCACAAUCUGAAGCAUUUCCACAACGUUGCAAUUUAUUGCCGACUGUGCAGGUACAAUCGGCAGACGCACCAUCUUGCCCUGCUCUCGAUCUCCCCGUGGACACUCCCAUCGAACAGGUGCUGCGCGAGAUCUUACGCAAAUUUAAAAUCGCUGCUGUGUGGCUUAGUAAUGUGGAGGGCAGCAUGUAUCAGAUCACAUUUACAAUUGAGUUUAAUGAGGUGUACGAGAAACUGCACGAAGCGCUACAGGAAUGGGGUAUAGGAGAUCGGGAAGGCUCGACAGUGUCGGUUAUGAAUUGCAUAGCCACCAAGUCGUAUGUCCGUUACGAAGAGGACGAAUACGCAGAUCUAUCUAGCAAUCAAUAUAGCAGUGCAAAUGCAAAAAAGCAUGGUGCUUGGAAUCGCUUCAUGAACUCCGUCCGGUCGCGUCUUAAUGUGGCUCAAAUAGUUCGAGACGUGCGUCAGGAUGCGGCGAUAACAUUUGAUUUUUGUAUAUUGCUAGUGUCGGCAGCUGUGCUGGCCUCAUUCGGGCUUGUUGAGAACAGCACUAUAUUCCUUGCCUCGAGCAUGCUGAUAUCCCCGCUUAUGGGUCCCAUCAUAGCGGCGAUCUUUGGCACUGUCAUCGAGGAACGCACUUUACGACGACUGGGAAUGCAGAACGAACUAAUAGGUAUUUUACUUGCCACGGUGGUGGGCUUCCUCUUCGGUCUGGUUGUGUGUACAACAGACAAGAAGUAUGGAAUUGGCGAGGGUUUGACUGCGGAGAUGCUAUCGCGCUGUGAUCUUCACUCGCUCAUUGUAGGCGUAUUUACGGCAAUACCUUCGGGCGCGGCAGCAGCCAUUGGCAUAUUAGGCGGCAACAUCGGAUCGCUGGUGGGUGUGGCCAUUUCUGCAUCGUUGCUACCACCGGCUGUUAACUCUGGUUUGCUUUGGGCCCUGGCUUGCAUAUACAAGUUAUUUGAGAACGAUGAUUCCCGCUAUUUGUACGUUGUGAAGUCGCAUAAAUAUUCUAACAAUCAAGCGGCGGAAUUAGCCAUACAUGGGAGCAUCAGCAUGUGCCUGACCCUCUCUAAUAUUCUUUGCAUCUAUGUGAUGGGGAUUUUGGUGCUAAAGGUGAAGGAGAUCGCGCCAGUUAUAGCGCGCAACAAUAGCGACUUCUGGAAGCACGAUAUUAAGCUGGCGCGCUGCAGAGCACAACAUGACAUUGUAUCUACCGAUGCGGCUAUAAUGGACGAGUUCACAAACCUGGAUAAGGAGGAUCAACGAGCUUUAGGUAUUGAUUGCGAAUUCCUGCAGGAAUUGGAUAAGGAUUCGUACCAGCACACAUGGUCCCCAAUCAUCAAAAGAAACAGUUUUCAAGAACGUGAAGCACGCAACAGUUUGUCCACCAUACAUCGCCUGGAAAAGCUUUAUACAACCAUUACCAACACAAGCGAACGCUGGCAAGGUAAAGGUCUAUCUCGCCGCACCACACAGAGGGCUCCAGAUGCGACGUCUUGUAUGCUCCCUCGUCCACGUUUCGCCACAAUGCCGUGUGAGAUCAAUAAACUUCAAGUUCCCCAGGCCACCGCCGUCGUCGAUGUGCUGAACGAACAACAAACGACAAAAAGAUUUACAGUCACUCCUGCCACUGAUGUCCUGAAUUGAUGAACGCUUUACAAAGUACCACUGUAUAAUCAACAUUAUUAUUUAUGUAUUAACUGAUUUGUCUCUAUCACAAACUAAAAAUCAACGGCACUGGGUC